AUGACUUCCGGCAUGCAGUUUACCGACAGGGCCUCCAAGGCUCUGGGUGACGCGCAAGAACUCGCACAACAAUACUCUCACUCGCAACUAUUACCCCUCCACGUCGCCGUCGCCCUCAUCGACCCGCCGCCGGACCUGUCCAAGGACCAGCAAAACGGCCCGGGCGAGCCCACUCCACUGUUCAAGCAAGUCGUCGAGCGCGCCCAUGGCGACCCCCAGCUGCUGGACAGGGCGCUGAAGAAGGCCCUCGUCCGCCUGCCGAGCCAAGACCCGCCGCCCGACCACAUCUCCAUGUCGCCGUCCUUCUCCAAGGUCCUGCGCGCCGCAAACGAGCUUCAGAAGACGCAAAAAGACAGCUACAUCGCCGUCGACCACCUCAUCCAGUCGCUGGCCCAGGACAGCACCAUCCAGAAAUGUCUGGCCGAGGCCAACAUCCCCAAGCCGAGCCUGGUCGACCAGGCAAUCCAGCAGAUCAGAGGCUCGAGGCGCGUCGACUCAAAGACGGCUGACUCGGAGGAGGAGAACGAAAACCUCAAGAAGUUCACCCUCGACAUGACGUCAAUGGCAAGAGAAGGCAAGAUUGAUCCCGUCAUCGGCCGCGAGGAGGAGAUCAGGCGAGUCAUCCGCAUCCUUUCGAGACGUACCAAGAACAACCCCGUCCUCAUCGGUGAGCCCGGUGUCGGCAAGACUACCGUCGUCGAAGGCCUGGCUCUCCGAAUCGUCAACGCAGACGUGCCCGCCAACUUGGCUGCCUGCAAAUUGCUCUCUCUGGAUGUCGGCGCUCUGGUUGCCGGCAGCAAGUACCGUGGAGAGUUUGAGGAGCGUAUGAAGGGCGUCUUGAAGGAGAUUGAAGAUUCAAAGGAGAUGAUCGUGCUCUUCGUCGAUGAGAUCCACUUGCUCAUGGGCGCCGGCUCCAGCGGCGAGGGCGGCAUGGAUGCCGCGAAUCUGCUCAAGCCCAUGCUCGCCAGAGGUCAGCUUCACUGCAUUGGUGCAACGACCCUUGGCGAGUACAGGAAGUACAUCGAGAAAGAUCAGGCUUUCGAGCGCCGUUUCCAACAAGUCCUGGUCAAAGAACCAUCCAUUCCCGAGACCGUCUCCAUCCUUCGAGGGCUGAAGGAGAGAUACGAAACCCAUCACGGUGUUACCAUUCUCGACGGAGCCAUCGUUAGCGCAGCAACGCUUGCUGCCCGCUAUCUCACCCAGCGUCGUCUACCCGAUUCAGCUGUCGACCUGAUUGAUGAGGCUGCAGCAGCUGUCCGGGUGACUCGCGAGUCCCAGCCCGAGGCCCUCGACAACCUGGAACGCAAGCUCCGCCAACUUCAAAUCGAAAUCCACGCCCUCGAGCGCGAGAAGGACGAGGCUGCUCAGGCUCGUCUGCGCGAAGCGAAAGCCGAAGCCGCCAACGUUGAUGAGGAGCUCAAGCCGCUGCGCGAGAAGUAUGAGCAAGAGAAGGAGCGCGGCAGAGACAUCCAGGACGCCAAGAUCAAGCUCGAGCAACUCAAGGUCAAGCGCGCCGAGGCCGAGCGUGUUGGAGACUUGUCGACCGCUUCGGAUCUCCAGUACUACGCCAUUCCCGACGUCGAGCAGCGCAUCGCCAAGUUGGAGCAAGCAAAAGCUAUAGCAGACGCUGAAAUCUACAAGUCGGAUGACGGUGGACAGUCUCUGCUUACCGAUUCUGUCGGACCUGAGCAGAUUCAAGAGAUCGUCGCUCGCUGGACCGGCAUUCCUGUCACUCGUCUCAAGACCACGGAGAAGGACAAGCUGCUCAACAUGGAGAAGCACCUCGGCCACGUCGUCGUUGGCCAAAAGGAGGCCGUCACGUCCGUGGCCAACGCCAUCCGCCUGCAGCGCUCCGGUCUCGCCAACCCGAACCAGCCACCCAGCUUCCUCUUCUGUGGCCCUUCCGGCACCGGAAAGACGUUGCUAACCAAGGCUCUCGCCGAGUUCCUCUUCGACGAUGCGAAGGCGAUGAUUCGUUUCGACAUGUCCGAGUACCAGGAGAGACAUUCGCUCUCGCGCAUGAUCGGCGCACCGCCCGGCUACGUCGGCCACGACGCAGGCGGCCAACUGACCGAGGCCCUCCGGCGCCGGCCCUUCUCGAUCCUGCUCUUCGACGAGGUGGAGAAGGCGGCGAAGGAGGUGCUGACGGUGCUCCUGCAGCUCAUGGACGACGGCCGCAUCACGGACGGCCAGGGCCGCGUCGUCGACGCGCGCAACUGCAUCGUCGUCAUGACGUCCAACCUGGGCGCCGAGUACCUCGCCCGGCCCAACGCGCCCGACGGCCGCAUCGACCCGGCGACGAAAGAGAUGGUCAUGGGCGCGCUGCGCAACUACUUCCUGCCCGAGUUCCUCAACCGCAUCUCGUCGCUCGUCAUCUUCAACCGCCUCACGCGGCGCGAGAUCCGCAAGAUCGUCGACGUGCGCGUCGCCGAGGUGCAGAAGCGCCUCGCCCAAAACGGGCGCAACGUCGCCAUCGCCAUGACGACCGAGGUGCGCGACUACCUGGGCUCCGCCGGCUACAGCCCCGCCUACGGCGCCCGCCCGCUCGCCCGCCUCAUCGAGAAGGAGGUCCUCAACCGCCUCGCCGUCCUCAUCCUCCGCGGCGCCGUCCGCGACGGCGAGACGGCAAACGUCGUGCUCGAGAACGGCCACAUCCAGGUGCGGCCCAACCACGGCGACAGCGAGCUCGAGGAGGACGACGAGGACAUGUACGACGACGAAGACGACGUCAUCGACGAGCUGGACGACCCUGACGGCGGCAUGGAGUUGUAUGAUUGA